AAAAAAGAAAAAGGGUAAUUAAUAAAGCCCUUGUCUCUGUCGCCCUCAGCCCCUUGCUGCCCGGUGUCUCUGUGUUCUCUUCUCGAGCCCGCCGCUCUGCUGCUGCUGCUGCUGCCCCGUGCCUGAGUCCUGCGCGGUUUCCUGCGGCUUGACGUCAUCCCCGUUUGGCCGGGAAAACUGAUAUGAGCGACGAGAGUUCAACGGCGUCAACGGUAGAAUAAGGACGAACCCAGAAGGACAAAGAGAAUCCAAACGGCCAUGCUACUGCAGCCGCUCGUCGCCCACCUCUCUCUGUUGAGCGUGGGCGUGGGCUUCACCGCCCUGACUGCUCUUCUGACCUUCGGCUACUGCGUGUACAACAAAUUCUUCCACCCACUCCGAAAAUACCCUGGGCCGUUCCUCGCAUCCGUCACUCCCUGGGUGCAGCUGUUCCAUGGCCUGAAGGGCGACCGUCAUUUGUGGCUGUAUAAAUUGCAUCUGAAAUACGGCCCUCACGUGCGAGUUGCACCAAAUUUCCUCUCCAUCAACAGCGCCCAAGGUUUGCACGACAUCUACGGUCAUGGCAAAAAGGUUAAGAAGGGAGAUUUUUACAAUGCCUUCCCCGCAAUCAAGGGUGUGUACAAUACCCACAACGUGAUCGAUAAGCACGUCCACGGCAGAAAGCGACGUGUUCUGAGCCAGGCAUUUUCCGACAAUGCUCUGAAGGGCAUGGAAGGUGUCAUGUUGGUUAAUAUUCGCCAAUUCUGUGCUAUCAUGGCCGGUGACGAACCAUCUCUCGAUGCCGGUGCUCAAAGGACACAGAAGGGUUUCGUUGUCCGGAAUAUGGCCGAUUGGUUUGGAUAUCUGACGUACGACGUUAUGGGUGAGCUCUGUUUCGGAAAAAGCUUCGGCAUGUUGAUCGAGCGCGGAAAACGGGAAGUUAUCGGCCUUGUUGACCGAGCCGCUUACCGUCAUUACGUGUGCGGCUUGUGGAUGCCUCUGGAUAACUGGCACCUGGACCAGAUUUUCAUUCGUAAACUUACCAACGAUCGGUGGAAUUUCAUCCAAAAGUCUCGUGUUGAGGCAAAUCAACGUGCGAAGGAGCGUACCCAGGCUGGACACGAGGCUAAGAAGGAUUUCUUCUACUAUCUCCUUAAUGCCAAAGACCCUGAAUCCGGUCGUGGACUCUCGACUCCCGAGCUCUGGGGAGAAAGCAACGUUUUGAUGAUUGCCGGUAGCGAUACCACAUCCACCAGUCUUGCUGCAACCAUAUUCUAUCUUGUCCGAACUCCAGACGCCCUGGCGAAAUUGAAGAAGGAGGUCAGAGACACCUUCGACGACGUGGAGGAGAUUGUGACCGGACCGAAGCUCAACGAGCUGGUCUACCUGAGAGCGUGUAUGGACGAAGCUAUGCGACUUUGCCCUGCUGUGCCUGGAGCUAUGCCCCGUGAAGUGCUUCCCGGUGGCAUCGAGGUCGAUGGACUUUACCUCCCGGGCGGCAUUGACAUCGGAACCCCGUGCUAUGCUAUCCACCGCAAGCCCGAAUACUACCGCGAGCCUCACACCUAUAUCCCAGAGCGCUGGAUCGAGGGUGCCUUGUGCCAGAGCGAGAACGGAAUGUGGACAUCCUCGAAAGCAAACGUAGACCUUGCGCGCAGAGCUUUCUGCCCGUUCAGCAUUGGCCCGCGCGGCUGCAUUGGCAAGGGUAUGGCGCUGAUGGAGAUGCGGUUGACGCUCGCCCGAAUGAUGUUCCUGUUCGAUAUCGAGCUUGCUGAUCGCGUUGGCGAGGAUGCCACCGGUCAUCUCCACAUGGUUGACCACUUCACGAGUCAGAAAAAUGGACCAAAUAUCAUUAUCAAAAAACGCCAGUUCGCAUAGGGUGGAAAGCCUGUAGGACGGUACUCUGGCUGGUUUGGGAGGCGUGUUGUUGUCCUUUCGGAAAUUAUGACCUGAGAUUCUGA